AUGACUCACGAAGACAACGAUACCGGAUCUGUUUCUACCGGGGAUGGGAAGCAACCCGUAGAGUUGCCGCGAGAUGACAAUGCGGGAGUGGAAAGGGAGGGGAGCGAGGAGCAGGGAGCAGACGAGUUGGGACAGGAGAGUGAGAUGGAGAGUAAAGACGAGGAAGAGGUAGGGUCCCGACGGGAAGCAAGUGAGCGCGCGGCGGAAGCGGAAGCGGAAGCGGGGGGGCGAAGGGGAGCGGAAGCGGAACCGGGAGAGGAGGAAACGGGCGCGCGAGAUGGGUCCGGGGAAGUGGAUGGUACCAGCGGGGGACAGGGAGAGGGGCAGGGGCGAGUGAACGGCGCAUUGGCGCAACUACGCGGGGGAGUUUCUGGGAGAGGGGCGGAGGGUGGGGAGGGGGGCGGGGCGGAGGGAGCGAGUGGCGCGGGAGCGGGAGGAGAGGGGGAGAGGGAGGGAGAGAGUGAGGGAGAGGGCGAGAGAGAGGAAGGGGGAAAGGGAGAGGGGGGGUGGGAGCCUUUGCGCGGGCCAGCAGAGGGGAUGACAUGCCGGGCGUGGUUGGAGCAGCAAGAUGAAGUGGGUGUGGGGAGGGAGUUUGAGCAGCAGCCGGUGCGAGUGGCCUCCAACGAGGUGAAGCGGUGGGAGUGUGACGUGCCGUAUGACUUCGUGGGCGAGAAAGGUGACGUGAAUGCAAGUCUGAUGCUAUUCAGUGCCGAGCACGAUGGUGCUGCGCUGCACACUCCCCUUCCCACCCAUCACUUUCUCCCCCACCCCUCCCUGAGAGCAGGUGAAGCGGUGAAGCGGUGGGACUGCGACGUGCCGUGUGAGUUUGUGAGUGCGGGAGACGAUGUGGAUGCGAGUCUGACAUACUCAGUGCCGGGAAAGAUGGUGCUGCGGUCAAUGGAGGCGCGCUCCUACUACCCCGCCAACGACCCUGCUGUGUCCAGGGGAUCCCAUAGCGUUGUGAUGACAGUGCACUAUGAUUCAGACGUGCCAGUGCAGUACGGCUCAUGGGAGGAGUAUGACAUCAUGCGCCCGCCUGUCCCCAAGACAGCAGACGCCAUUGCUGCUGCUUUCAUCAGCAACUGUGCUGCUAACAACUUCCGACUCAAGGCAGUGGAGGAGCUGCAGAAGUUCUUCCCCGUUCACUCCUAUGGUCGCUGCCUCAACAACCGACCCUUCGAGCAUGAUAAGUUGGCGGUGAUUCAGCGCUACAAGUUCUCCCUCGCCUUUGAGAACUCCUGUGAGCCGGACUACAUCACUGAGAAGUUCUGGCAGUCCCUCGUGGCGGGGUCCGUGCCCGUGGUGGUGGGCCCGCCUAACAUUGCUGAUUUCGUGCCGGACAACACCUCGUACCUGCACAUCCAGAGCGAGGAGGAUAUCCCCCGCGUGGCGCGCCAGAUGCAGGCCAUAGCAGCGGACGAGGACGCAUACAACAAGAUGCUCGAGUGGAAGCGAUCUGGGCCGUCGGAUCAGUUCAUCGCCAACGUGGAUCUGUCGGCUGUGCACUCCUCCUGCCGCCUCUGUGUGCUGCUGGCCGACCGCAUCCGCACGCAAGAGAUCUCUGCCUCCCUCAAGCCACGGCCGUGCAGGUUAGUGCACCCUCGCUCUCCUCCCUCCCCUUUUCUCCCUUCCAUUAGGUCGUCCUCCCUUCCUCAACCUCUGUGUGUUGUCUCCCUUCACCUCUCCGUCCUUCCCCAUGGAUUCCAUGCGUCAGCCUUGGCUGCUAUGCGGCGCUCCGUGCAGCAGCAGCAGCAGCAGCAGCAGCAGCAGCAGCAGCAGCAGCAGCAGCAGCAGCAGCAGCAGCAGCAGCAGCAGCAGCAGCAGCAGCAGCAGCAGCAGCGGCUGCGCGGGUCGACGAGUUGCUCACCCGCGUGCUAUGCGGAUUUUCUGCUCAACUGGGCGGUGUAUGCGGGCGAGCUGGGCUAUGGGCGACAUUUCCUUGUGUUCGCUGAAGACUGGGAGAGCUUCAAUCUGCUGAUAGAGAGAUUUCCAAGACAGGUGGUGCGAUGGCAUGUGCCAGAGAUAGAGCAGGCGGGGGAGGAAGAGCUGAAGGCAGCAGGACUGGUGGAGGAGAGAGAUAGUGCCAGUGGUGGCAGUGCGGGGAGCACUGGCGCCAGUGUCAAGAAGUUGGACUCCCCACGAGAAGAUCGCCUCACCACCACAGCCUUCUCAAACGAAAUGGCGCGUGGCGACGAUUACGAUGACGAGGCAGAGGAGGAGGACGAGGAGUACGAGGAGGAGGAGGAGGAAGAGGAGGAUUACGAGGAGGAACGCGGGAAGAAGCGAGGGCGCGGAUCGCAGUUCAUCGACGACGCGGCGGAGGAGGACGAUGACGAGGACGAGGAGGACGAAGCGCCGAGGAAGAAGAAGGGUUCGACGACCGGCCGGUCGAUGUUCAUCGAGGAGGAAGCGGCGGUGGCGAGUGAUGACGAGGAGGAGGAGGAGGAAGAGGAGGACGGUACGUCGGUUCUAUUAGGCGCGUAG